GUCAUGCCGCGAUCUAUUCUGCAAAUCGCAUCCCACAAUGCGCCAGACUUCGUAAAUGUGGGAAACCGACUGCGGAGUGGAGACGUGGAAGAAUCGUCUGUCGUUGCCAACAUGAGGCCAAACCAGGAACAGCGCUCUGCUGUCAGCCUUUGAUUGCACCGCUCUUACCAAUCCACGCGAUGACUCUUCGGGUGGCUGUACCCUUCACAAGUCCCAACGUCGCACACUAGCUCGUGAAAGGACCCACGGUUCGUCAUAGACAAAGGUGAACACUUGCAAUAACAAGUAGCGUCUCUUUGCUCUCUCCGGGAGCCUUCCCAGGAGCAUUCAGUGCAAGUCCUCCGUUUUCCGUCGUCAUGUCGAACGCGCCAACACGUGCGCACGUGGCCAGCCCUACAGCUCUAGCGUUAGCCGCAGCUCCAGCCGCCGCCGAUCCGCAAAAUAUCCCUGCGACACAAUACCUCAGUAACGACGCGAUCAACCGGCGCUCCGGCCUGAACAAACGCGAAGCACGCAAGCAGAGGAAAGCCCAGCAGCCUCUUCCCACACCGCCAGACACUUCUUCCGAAACCGAUGCUUCCCCAAACCUGUCCAACAAGCCGCCCCAAGCCCGAAAAGUUCGUCCAGCGUCUGCAGAGCCUUCCACAGACACAACCGCCUCGAUACCUCAACCUCUACCCUCGCCGAUAAUGCCACCAGGCAACCCCAUCCCGCUGCUAGUAUGUAGCAUCGGCAACCCCGGGCCAGCCUACGCCAACACCCUCCACAGCGCCGGGCACAUCGUAACCUCGUACAUAGCGGGGCGCAAGUCAUACCAGCCCUUUACGAAAGGGCUCAGUGGCCUCGUUGCGCGCCCCGACAACACCACCUUCUCGCUGUCCCUGCUGAAGGGCUACAGCAAGACGCAAGGCGGCCCGCCAGAAGACGACUGGACAUUCUGGCAGUCAUUAUCCUUGAUGAACGUCUCGGGCGUCGGGGUGAAAAAGGCCUACGCCGCGUGGCUCGCGGAGCUAAGACGGAGGACAGAUCCGCAGCAGGAAGGGCGGCUGGUGGUUGUGCACGACGAGCUGGAGUCGGCGCUGGGCAAGGUCGCGGUCAGGGAGAGCGGGGCGAGUGCGAGGGGGCAUAAUGGAUUGAAGAGCUGUCAGGCGCAGCUGCAGGGCGUGAAGUGGUGGCGUGUUGGCGUGGGCAUUGGGAGGCCGGAGAGCAGGGAUCCGAAUGUUGUAAGCAGAUAUGUGUUGGGGAAGAUGCAGGAGAGGGAGCGGAGUGGGCUGGAGAGGGCGGCCCCGGGGGUUGUGGACGCGUUAAGGGGGAUUGCUGAGAAGUAAGGGGUGGAGGUGUGUGAUGGGCAUUUGCUGGCGUUGUACCUGCAUAGCGCGUUGUUGUAGCAUAGUCCUUGCGGGCAUGGAGGCAAAGAUACCCUUAGACGCCUAGCAUUGAAGAAAGGUGGGCAAGAAAUAAUAAUAUAUUGAUUGCCGGUUCAACAGCAUGGUAUCAUCCAGUAC